AUGUCGAUGUACUUCUUCCGGCUACACAAUCUGCGCCGUCAGGCGGAGGAGGUACGGAAGAAACGACAAAAACGUGGCAGAGGCAGCCAGGGUGGACAACUUGGGACCAACCAAACGGACCAGUCUCAACCGACGGCUGGAUCCAUGCAAUGUUGCAAUCGGAUUCAUCGGGGUCCUAGCAGGCUCUUCGAGCGGGCCCCUUUACAACCUAGUGACUCGCUUGACGAAAUUGCCUUUCAAAUACCGAGAGUUCGUGUCGAGUAUUAUGUGAAUGAAAAUACAUUCAAGGAACGACUGCAGUUGUACUUCAUCAAGAAUCAGCGUUCAAGCUUGAGAAUACGACUUGCCAAUCUUUUCUUCAAGCUCUUAACAUGCUUCCUGUAUAUAUUCAGGGUUAUUACCGACAACGAUCCAACGUUCGCAGCAUGUUACGGUUGUAUACCCGGCAACAAGACCGAGUUUCUCGCGUCGCAAAACUUGACGGAGGAGGAAUUCCAGGAACACCCGACCAUUAAUUGGGAUGCGAUCCUAUGGGUCAGAAGACCCUUAGAGUUGUGGGUUGUCCAAGUCAUCUUGGCUAUGGUGUCGUUAACCGAAGCUUUGCUACUUGCCUACCUCGGUUACAAGGGAAAUGUCUGGCAGCAGCUUCUAUCCUUCCAUUUCAUCCUGGAACUGGUCAACACGAUCCCUUUCACAAUUACGUUAUUAUAUCCGCCAAUGAGAAAUCUGUUCAUUCCGGUAUUCCUAAAUUGCUGGUUGGCAAAACACUCUUUGGAAAACAUGUUUAACGAUCUACAUCGAGCAAUGCAAAAGUCCCAAUCGGCAUUGAGUCAACAGCUGAUGAUCCUUAGUGCUACGUUACUGUGCCUUGUCUUUACUAGCGUAUGCGGGAUCCAGCACUUCCAGAGAGCGGGGCACAGACACUUGAAUCUAUUUCAAAGUACGUACUAUGUUGUGGUAACGUUCUCUACGGUGGGUUAUGGGGAUAUCGUACCGGACAUUUGGCCUUCGCAACUUUAUAUGGUCAUUAUGAUCUGCGUGGCUCUCAUAGUCUUACCAACACAGUUCGAACAGUUAGCAUUCACAUGGAUGGAACGACAGAAGCUUGGUGGCUCGUAUUCAUCACAUAGAGCACAAAGCGAGAAGCAUGUGGUAGUUUGCAGUACGACAUUGCAAGCCGACACCAUUAUGGACUUUCUAAACGAGUUUUACGCCCAUCCCUUGCUGCAGGACUAUUAUGUGGUGCUUUUAUCACCGAUGGAACUCGACACUACAAUGCGGAUGAUUCUGCAAGUGCCAAUCUGGGCGCAGAGGGUAAUCUACAUACAAGGCUCAUGCCUGAAGGAUGGCGAUCUUGCGAGAGCUAGGAUGAACGAGGCAGAAGCUUGUUUCGUGUUAGCAGCGAGAAAUUAUGCUGACAAAACCGCUGCUGACGAACACACUAUACUCAGAUCAUGGGCGGUGAAAGAUUUUGCGCCCAUCGUUCCUCAAUAUGUUCAAAUCUUCCGUCCGGAAAACAAGCUUCAUGUGAAGUUCGCGGAGCACGUGGUGUGCGAGGAUGAAUUUAAAUACGCCCUUUUGGCAAAUAAUUGCACGUGUCCCGGCGCAUCAACGUUGGUGACCUUGUUGUUACACACAUCCAGGGGACAAGAAGGUCAACAGUCGCAGGAAGAAUGGCACAGGCUAUAUGGUAAAUGUUCCGGCAACGAGAUUUAUCAUAUAAUUCUCGGCGACUCCCGCUUUUUCGGAGAGUACGAGGGAAAAUCUUUCACCUACGCAUCCUUUCACAGCCACCGGAAAUAUGGGGUUGCGCUUGUCGCAGUCAGACCGGCGGAACUUCCGGAAUUUUACGAGGACACUAUCCUGCUGAAUCCUGGGCCACGACAUAUAAUGAAGAAGACCGAUACUUGCUAUUACAUGAGCAUCACCAAGGAGGAAAAUUCCGCGUUCGUGGUCGCGAAUAAUCAGGGCGGUAUUGGCGAGGCAACACAGGUGAUCGUCGAGACAAAGACGGACGCGACAUCUGCGAAUAACGGAUCGGCAACGAGUACUCCGACGACCAACGCUGUAACGGCGACCAUGAAUUCUACAGGGGCAACAUCGGCAACAAUGACGACGACUACCACGACGAUAUCGACCAGCUGCACUGGUUGCGGCGAUGGGAACGGUACAGCAAUCAACAACGGUGCCGACGUGCACCAACGAUUUUCCAACAGUUGUAACAUUACGCUGAGCGAAACACUCUGCAGACAGGAGACCUGCACGGGGCCCCGUGUGCAGGACCGAUCGAACGGUCCCCAAGAUCACAGGGCCCCGUUGCCGCAGGUUAUUUUGCAGGUCCUCCCUAGCACGCCCAUACCAACCCAACACUACAACUUACUCGCAUCCAAUGUCCACCCGACUUAUCUCGAUCCCGGCGGAUUCGGGGAUUCGAGGCAAUGCUUAAAAGAAGGAGGAUCAACGCCACAAACGCCCAUCACGGGAAAUCAUCUUGAUGUGCCACGAUCUCUCGAUCCGAAUCCAAAUCUACUUAGUCCAGAAAUUCUAAUGCAAAGGAGAGGAAGCAGAAGACCAAGUAUUCUACCAGUACCAGAUAUGUUGACAAGCUCAACGUUACAUCUCCCUGGUCAAGAAUCCUUAGACCACGAAGCUGACGAGUCGGAAGAUGAAAUGGAUGAUGAUGUUCCUUGGAGAUCGCCAAGCGAGAAGAUCGCAAUUGUCAAGGGAUUUCCGCCAGUUUCACCUUUCAUUGGAGUCUCGCCAACUUUAUGUUAUCUUCUUAAAGAAAAGAAACCUCUCUGUUGCCUUCAGCUGGCUCAGGUGUGUCAGCAUUGCAGUUAUAGAAACGCCAAAGAAUAUAACUGGCAGAAUAAAACCAUUAUAUUGGCAGCGGAUUAUGCUAGCAAUGGAAUUUAUAAUUUUAUAAUACCACUGAGGGCACAUUUUAGGUCGAAAACAUCAUUAAAUCCGAUCAUCCUUUUGCUGGAGAGAAAACCGGAAAUAGCAUUUCUCGAUGCAGUGUCCUACUUUCCAUUAGUCUAUUGGAUGCGUGGUUCUAUCGACUGUUUAGAUGAUCUUCUCCGAGCUGGUAUUACUUUGGCGGAAAACGUCGUAGUCGUAAACAAAGAACUCAAUAAUUCCGCCGAGGAAGAUACCCUAGCUGAUUGCAACACGAUUGUUGCAGUGCAGACUAUGUUCAAAUUCUUCCCAAGCAUAAAGAGCAUAACAGAAUUGUCCCAGUCGAGUAAUAUGCGUUUCAUGCAGUUUCGGGCACACGACAAGUACGCUUUGCAUCUCAGCAAAAUGGAAAAGGUACUCCUCAGUGCUACUACCGAUGACAACUCUGAUGAGCCUUCGAUGGGCUCCCCGAGAGAAAAGGAAAGAGGAUCUCACAUAUCGUAUAUGUUUCGAUUGCCGUUCGCCGCUGGCAGUGUCUUCAGUGCUUCGAUGUUAGAUACUUUGCUUUAUCAAGCAUUCGUUAAGGAUUACGUAAUAACAUUCGUAAGACUAUUAUUGGGAGUAGAUCAAGCGCCAGGAUCUGGAUUUCUUACAUCGAUGCGCAUAACGAAGGAUGACAUGUGGAUAAGAACAUACGGCAGAUUAUAUCAAAAACUUUGUUCGACUACCUGCGAAAUUCCAAUUGGAAUAUACAGAACACAAGAUACUACUGUAUCUGACUCCUCGCAUGGCGACUCAGAUGCGGAAAGCGACGCCGGCGUCGGUGUGACGUACAAGGUGCGUCAUUCGGCGGCAGCUUCGUGCCUUGCAAAUUGCGGUACCCGUGACAAGGGUGCAUCUGCUUAUUCGGUGAGUCUUGGUGAUGAGGCACGUGACAAUCAUGCGCAGCAAAUCGAACGAGCGGAGAUUGCGAACUUGGUGCGUUCACGGAUGGAAUCGCUAAACCUCCCGGUUGCUGACUAUGACGAUGUAUCGGAGAAGCGUAAUAGUCUCUCCUAUGUGAUUAUCAAUCCAAGCUGCGACCUAAAACUCGAAGAAGGUGACAUUGUAUAUUUGGUGCGACCCAGCCCGUUCUCCGCACAGAAGACCUUCGAACGACACAACUCUCGCCGUAAGAGCAACAUCAGUUUUUGUUCGGCGCAGCUAGUAUCGCAAAUGAGCGCAGCAGUUGCAGCAGCAGGUCUUCAGACCGGCGGACCGGGUAGUCGUCGCGGUUCCAGCAUAGGUUUAGCUAGGGCGCCACCUUUAGGGACGACCAAGUCAAAUUCACUAUCUUUACCAGAUAGUCCUACCGUGGCCGGUACUUUGCGCGGUCGUUCAAACUCAUUGAGGGUGGUCGAUGAUAUUUUGCUGCGACGCAGUAAUUCUCUGAGGCAGGGUUUGACGACCAGGAGAAAGAGUAGUUUGGAGGAUAUCGGUAUGGGUGCGCUUUCACACCCUUCUAAUCACAACUCGAUCAAGAUCGCCUUGAAUGGCUCAAUUGGUUUGGAGGUGACACCGCCAGAGGAAGGUUCGCAGGCUGGUAUUGGAGCUAGCAAUACCGGUAUUCUCGACGUAGGUCUGCCUUCCAUGCCGGAACUUAAUGCAGCCUUCGGACCCAGUCUCGGCGCAGGCCUUGGCGGUUCCUUGAGUGGUCUCUACGAUCCACCCUCUCUUCAGUGUCCAAUGGGUUCGCCCUGCCAAUCACUGCAGAUGCAGGGUACCACACAAGAUCCGCAACAUAUACAGGGGACAAUAGUAUGAUAUAACCUAAUGUGGGGACGCAGGCUCUCCGGCGUGGCACGAAAUAAGUGGCUGUAGCGUUCCCACAUAGUGUUUAAUGCUAGACGACAUCAAGAAUAAUGU